UUCAUUCGAACCAAAUACAUUACACAACGACGAUGACGAACAAAAUAUUCAAGUUUUUGAUGUUAUUUGUGUUAGCCGCACUGCUCGGCAGCCGACAACAGGCCGUACAGACCAGUGCGCAAAUCAUAAACAUCAACUGCAGCGGCCAACCGGCCAUCUGCGUGGGACCAGCCACCUAUCAGGCUUGCGUGGGAGAUGUGGCUACCGGCAAAGUUCUCUCCUGUCCAGUCAAUACGCUCUGUAUUAACGAUGGGCUGGAGAUUUGUGUGCCCCUUAAAUCAGAUGGAGAGGCGUCUUCAGCGGCAGUGGCCAAGAUGACAACAGUCACCGACCAUCCAAUAAUUGGUGGCAGUGGCUCGGCGGCACUUAUCGAGUCUACCACCAGCUCUGCCAGCAAUGUGCUUACCAACAGCACUGAGGGUCUAAUUCCUGCCAAUUCAACAGAGCUACCCAUUGUCACAACCACUGUUGUCAUUGAGACGACCAAUUUACCAGAGGAGGCAACUACAGAUACCACCCUGCAGACAACUGCAGAGCCGAUAGUUGACACAACAACUCAUGCACCCACAGAGCCCGAUUCAACACUGCCGGUGGACACUACAACUGACGCCGCAUUGGAUCCAAUUACAACCGUCGGUCCCAAUUGGGAAACUAAUGCGCCAACACGUCCAACAGAGCCAACGCCAGGAGGCUCUACAUCAUCCCCUGUCGACCCCACUGUUGAUCCCAAUACACCAGUAGAUCCUAACGUACCCGUGGACCCAAAUGCACCAGUUAGCCCAGAGGGAACGACGUCACCCUCGAUAAAUCCAACUGAACCCGUCAAUCCCAAUAUUCCUGUUGAUCCAGAGGGAACGACAAUAUCUUCAGUUGACCCGACUGCCCCAACUGAACCUACCGCUCCUUUGGAUCCGAACGCACCUGAGAACCCAGAGGGAACAACUGUAUCCUCAGUCGAUCCGAAUGAUCCAGUUAACCCCAAUGCACCAGUGGACCCAAAUGCACCAAUCGAUCCCAACGCACCUGUUGAUCCCAAUGCACCAGUCGAUCCCAACUCUCCAGUCGACCCGAAUGUACCUGUUGACCCCAAUGCACCAGUGGAUCCUAAUGCACCUGUUGACCCCAACGCCCCUGAGAAUCCAUCUGAAACAACUGUAUCCCCAGUCGACCCUAAUGCUCCAGUCGAUCCUAACGCUCCGUUAGAUCCCGGUUCACCAGUUGAUCCUAACGCACCUCUUGAUCCUAACGUACCAGUGGACCCCAACGCUCCAGUCGACCCGAAUGCACCUGUCGACCCCAAUGCACCUGUGGAUCCCAACGCUCCAGUCGAACCUAAUGUUCCAGUAGAUCCCAACGCACCAGUUAAUCCCAACAGCCCCGAAAAUCCAGAAGGAACAACUGUAAGCCCAGUGGACCCCACUCCUCCAGUGGACCCAACCGCUCCUGUCGACCCCAAUGCUCCAGUCAAUCCGAACGCACCUGUUGACCCCAAUGCACCUGUUGAUCCCAAUGCCCCUGAGAGCCCAGCUGAAACAACUGUAUCCCCAGUCGACCCCAAUGCUCCAGUCGAUCCUAACGCUCCGUUAGAUCCCGGUUCACCAGUCGAUCCCAACGCACCUGUUGAUCCAAACGAACCAGUGGAUCCCAACGCUCCAGUCGACCCGAAUGCACCUGUCGAUCCCAAUGCACCAUUGGAUCCGAACGCCCCAGUCGAUCCAAAUGCACCUGUCGACCCAAAUGUACCAGUGGAUCCCGAAGCACCAGUAGAUCCUAGUGUACCAGCAGAUCCCAACGCACCAGUUGAUCCCAACGCCCCUGUGAAUCCAGAGGGAACUACUGUCUCGCCAGUGGACCCUAACGCUCCAGUCGAUCCCAACGCUCCAGUGGACCCAACUACACCAGUCGAUCCCAACGCACCUGUUGAUCCGAACGUACCAGUGGAUCCCAACGCUCCAGUCGACCCUAAUGCACCAGAGGAUCCCAACGCACCAGUCGAUCCUAAUGUUCCAGUAGAUCCCAACGCACCAGUUGAUCCCAACGCCCCUGUGAAUCCAGAAGAAACUACUGUAUCCCCAGUGGACCCUAACGCUCCAGUCGAUCCCAACGCACCAGUCGACCCGAUUGCACCCGCCGAGCCCAAUGCACCAGUGGAUCCCAACGCUCCAGUCGAUCCAAAUACACCUGUCGACCCUAAUGCACCAGUGGAUCCCAACGCACCAGUCGAUCCUAAUGCCCCUGUGAAUCCAGAGGGACCUACUGUAUCCCCAGUGGACCCCAACGCUCCGGUCGACCCGAACGCUCCAGUGGACCCAAUUGCUCCAGUCGAUCCCAACGCUCCCAUCGACCCGAAUGCACCCGUCGAUCCCACUGCACCAGUGGAUCCUAACGCUCCAGUCGAUCCAAAUGCACCUGUAGACCCCAAUGCACCAUUGGAUCCCAACGCACCAGUUGAUCCCAACGCCCCAGUUGAUCCCAGCGCUCCAGUCGAUCCCAACGCCCCAGUAGAUCCUAAUGCACCAGUCGACCCCAAUGCUCCAGUGGACCCUAAUGCACCAGUCGACCCCAAUGCUCCAGUCGACCCCAACGCUCCAGUGGACCCCAAUGCCCCAGUGGAUCCAAAUGCACCAAUCGAUCCUAGCGCACCAGUUGAUCCAAACGCACCUGUAGAUCCUAAUGCACCAGUCGAUCCCAAUGCACCAGUCGACCCCAAUGCUCCAGUGGACCCCAACGCUCCAGUGGACCCCAAUGCCCCAGUGGAUCCUAGCGCACCAGUUGAUCCAAACGCACCUGUAGAUCCUAAUGCACCAGUCGAUCCCAAUGCACCAGUCGAUCCCAAUACACCAGUUGAUCCAAACGCACCUGUAGACCCUAAUGCACCAGUUGAUCCAAACGCACCAGUUGAUCCAAACGCACCAGUUGAUCCCAAUGCUCCAGUCGAUCCCAAUGCUCCAGUCGACCCCAACGCACCAGUCGAUCCUAACACACCAGUUGAUCCAAACGCACCUGUAGAUCCUAAUGCACCAGUCGAUCCCAAUGCACCAGUCGACCCCAAUGCUCCAGUGGACCCCAACGCACCAGUGGACCCCAAUGCCCCAGUGGAUCCUAGCGCACCAGUUGAUCCAAACGCACCUGUAGAUCCUAAUGCACCAGUCGAUCCCAAUGCACCAGUCGAUCCCAAUACACCAGUUGAUCCAAACGCACCUGUAGACCCUAAUGCACCAGUUGAUCCAAACGCACCAGUUGAUCCAAACGCACCAGUUGAUCCCAAUGCUCCAGUCGAUCCCAAUGCUCCAGUCGACCCCAACGCACCAGUCGAUCCUAACACACCAGUUGAUCCAAACGCACCUGUAGACCCUAAUGCACCGGUCGAUCCAAACGCUCCAGUGGACCCCAAUGCCCCAGUGAAUCCAAAUGCACCAGUCGAUCCCAGCGCACCAGUUGAUCCAAACGCACCAGUUGAUCCAAAUGCACCAAUCGAUCCUAGCGCACCAGUUGAUCCAAACGCACCUGUAGAUCCUAAUGCACCAGUAGAUCCCAAUGCACCAGUCGACCCCAAUGCUCCAGUCGACCCCAACGCUCCAGUGGACCCCAAUGCCCCAGGGGAUCCAAAUGCACCAAUCGAUCCUAGCGCACCAGUUGAUCCAAACGCACCUGUAGAUCCUAAUGCACCAGUCGAUCCCAAUGCACCAGUCGAUCCCAAUACACCAGUUGAUCCAAACGCACCUGUAGACCCUAAUGCACCAGUUGAUCCAAACGCACCAGUUGAUCCCAAUGCUCCAGUCGAUCCCAAUGCUCCAGUCGACCCCAAUGCUCCAGUCGACCCAAACGCACCAGUCGAUCCUAACACACCAGUUGAUCCAAACGCACCUGUAGACCCUAAUGCACCAGUCGAUCCAAACGCUCCAGUGGACCCCAAUGCCCCAGUGAAUCCAAAUUCACCAGUCGAUCCUAAUGCUCCAGUCGACCCCAACGCUCCAGUGGAACCCAAUGCUCCAGUGGAUCCAAAUGCGCCAGUCGAUCCCAGCGCACCAGUUGAUCCAAGCACACCUGUAGAUCCUAAUGAACCAGUCGGUCCCAAUGCUCCAGUGGACCCUAAUGCGCCAGUAAACCCCAAUGCACCGGUUGAUCCCAUUGAGCCUGUGGACCCCAAUGCUCCAGUCGACCCCAACGCUCCUGUUGAUCCAAACGCACCUUUAGACCCUAAUGCACCAGUCGAUCCCAACGGACCAGUUGAUCCUAAUGCUCCAGUCAACCCCAACGCUCCAGUGGACCCCAAUGCCCCAGUGGAUCCAAAUGCUCCAGUCGAUCCCAAUGCUCCAGUCGACCCCAACGCACCAGUCGAUCCUAACACACCAGUUGAUCCAAACGCACCUGUAGACCCUAAUGCACCAGUCGAUCCAAACGCUCCAGUGGACCCCAAUGCCCCAGUGAAUCCAAAUGCACCAGUCGAUCCCAGCGCUCCAGUUGAUCCAAACACACCAGUUGAUCCAAAUGCACCUGUAGAUCCUAAUGCUCCAGUCGACCCCAACGCUCCAGUGGACCCCAAUGCCCCAGUGGAUCCAAACGCACCUGUAGAUCCUAAUGCACCAGUCGAUCCCAAUGCUCCAGUGGAUCCUAAUGCACCAGUCGACCCCAAUGCACCAGUUGAUCCCAAUGCACCAGUGGACCCUAAUACACCGGUGGAUCCCAAUGCACCAGUUAAUCCCAAUGCACCAGUAGACCCUAAUGCACCGGUAGAUCCAAAUGUACCUGUGGACCCUAAUGCACCAGUCGAACCCAACGCACCAGUCGAUCCGAUUGCACCGGUAGAUCCCAAUGCACCAGUUGAUCCCAAUGCGCCAGUGGACCCUAAUGCACCGGUCGAUCCCAACGCGCCGGUCAACCCCAAUACACCGGUUAAUCCCAACGCACCAGUGAACCCCAACACACCAGUGGACCCUAACGCUCCAGUUGACCCCAACGCACCGGUCGAUCCAAACGCGCCAGUGAAUCCCAAUAAACCAGUUGAUCCCAAUACACCACUUGAUCCUAGCUCCCCAGUAAACCCCAACUCCCCAGUUGAUCCCAAUAUACCCAUCAACCCAUCUGUUCCCUCUAUCCCUUCAGUUCCUGAGUACCCAGGUCGUCCGGGCUCAUGGCCACAUCCAUGGCGCCCAAGUCAACCCAUUCACCCUGCGCACCCAGGACACCCAAGACCUCCCAUUCGACCAAUCCCCCAACAUCCUUUCUGGCCGCAACGUCCCCAGCAACCAGGUAACGGAAAUGGCAAUAACAAUGGUAAUGGCCAGAAUAUACCGACUGUAAAGCCCUUCUGGCCGAAUUGGCAUGACUGGGUCAAUAGCUGGCGGCCAUCUAAAAAACCCGCCCAGCCCACCACUGCUCCCACACCAGCCCCGACUGAAGACAGCAACAAGUCGGAAACAAAUGAGUCUGUAGAACAACCAUCAGGUGGACCCAUCUCCAAUGAGAAUGCCUCAGUUGAGGAGAGCAACAAGGACAAAAAAAAGCCAAAGCCUGCUGAGGACCAGUCCAAGGAGCAAGAGCAUAAGAAGCCUGCCUCUAAUGAGAACAGCUCUGACGAGAAGAAGGAUAAGAACACCAAGCCGAAGGAAUCGAAAGAGGAUAAGAAGAAGGACAACAGCAAGUCAAAAGAUUCAAAGGAGGAAAAGGACAACGAUAAGAAAAAAUCCAAUAGCUCUACCGAGGAAAAGAAUGACAAAAAGGACAACAAAAAAUCAAAGGAUUCCAAUGAGGAGAAAGACAGUGAACAGAAAAAAUCCAAUGAAGAUGAUGAUAACGACGAUCUGAAUUCCAAAGAGAAAAAGCAAUUUGUAAAGAACGUUAUCAAGAAGCUUAAGGAUGAAGAGGAAUGCGAUGAGGACGACAUCUAUCCAGAUGUGCGCGAUUGCCGAAAAUAUUACCGGUGCGAAAUCAAGAAGUCUGGCAAGCAUAGGUUCGUGCAUCUACGCUGCGAUAACAAGGAGCGUUUCGACUACCGCACUCUGAAGUGCGUGUCCAAGGAUGACGCCACGUGUCUGCACAAGUAGAGACGACUUAUACACAAUGCCAAACCAAAUAGACGGAAACGAAAACUGUAGCAUUCACACUAUAUAAUCUCACAAUAAAUUCAAUGAUAUUAGCAACGAUAUA